GCGGGUGGAACUACGCGAAAGGCAGAAAGAGGUGGGUCGAUAUGACAGAGUGAGCGCGCCGGGCGGUGAGCUCCUGCUAGCAAGGAAGCUAAAGAAGAGUGUGAGCGUAGAGGGGAAGAAGGAAGAAAGCAAAUAGGUUAGAAAAUGUGUAUCAUAGUGGUAUGGGCGGGCGCUAGGACCCGGCGCCAAGAAGAUGCGGCUUUGGGGCUGCCGGGGUUCGCGCUCCCUUGGAGACAACGCAGCAGUGCCAGAGGUCUUUGGCCGGGACGAAACGCUGCAGGGAGGGGUGACUUGUCUGCAGCCGGCCUCGGCUUGACUUUCCCUACGCAGAAUUCUGUAUCCCUUCCCGCCUAUUGCAGCGGGAUAGAGCUCCGGUCUCGGAUGGCACAGCCUCGCCUCCUGCUCCGCGGUUCCUUCUUGGCUCCACAGCCCACCCUUUAGCACCCCUGAGCCCUUGAGCUAAGUGGUCGAGGCCGUGGCGUAGCCCGGCUGCUGAUUGGCGAAGACGAGGGAGGGGCGGGGCUGUGGGAAACUCUGGGGCCCCCGCGGUUCUGUGGUUAUUUCCCGCCAUGUCGUUUGUGGAGAGCGGCCGGCGUUCGGCUCCGCGGCGUCGCGGUCUUGGCACCCCAGCACCUUUCUCUCGGCCUUUGUAUUCUGUAUUCUCUCAGGGGGACAGCUGGGGUGAAGGCGAAGUUGAUGAGGUGGAAGGAUGCGAUCAAGUGGCCCGUGACUUGCGAGCGGAGUUCUCAGCCGGGGCGUCGUCGGAGCCCAGAAGGGGCUCCCAGCUUCUCCCGCCGGACGGCGGUGGGUCGCCCGUCCUAACCGAUAAACGCAAUGGCAUUUUCCCCGCAGCUACGCGUAGCCGGACCCAGGCUCGGCGAUGGCCGAUCCAGGUCCUGUCUAUUUUCUGCUCGCUGCUGUUCGCCAUCCUCCUCGCUUUCCUCCUCGCCAUCGCCUACCUGAUCGUUAAAGAGUUGCAUGCUGAGAAUUUGAAAAAUGAAGAUGAUAUAGAUACUGGACUAUUAGGAUUCUGGACUCUACUUAUAAUAUCCCUAAUUGCUGGAUUCUCCUGUUGCAGUUUUUCUUGGACAGUUACAUAUUUUGAUUCUUUUGAACCAGGAAUGUUUCCUCCUACUCCUCUUUCACCUGCCAGGUUCAAGAAACUGACUGGACAUUCUUUCCACAUGGGCUAUAGCAUGGCAAUUUUGAAUGGCAUUGUAGCUGCUCUUACUGUGGCAUGGUGCCUCAUGUGAAACCACACUGGAGCUAUAUUUUGGCAAAAUUGUGAUUAUUUUGUAAUAACAGAAAAAAGAAAACAUCGCCUGCUCAGAAUACUAAGAAGUCAUUAUAUGGUUCAGAUACAUAUCAUAAUCGUCAUCAUCAUGAAGGAUCUUUUAAAACAUCAUUCUGGAGUCUAGGCAUUGAAAAUAUCUUGAGCAUUAAGUUUCGAAUACUUUUUAAAAGUAUAAGAUUCUUACCUCAUUCUUUUACUUUUGUUUGUGUGUUUCUUAUAAAAUAUAGAAAACAUUUUAAUGGAAAUCAAACUUGGACACUUGAAUACAGGAUAAUGCCUACCUUUCCAUGUAUGUAUAUAUAUAUAUAUAUAUAUAUAUAUAUAUAUAUACUACAAUUUUGCUAAGAAAUACUGAUUAAUUGAGAUAGAAAUAUUUCUUUCUUACAUAUUACAUUAUGAAAACAAACUGCUUACUUUUCUGACAUUUUAUAGAAGCUACUUUUAAAUAAAAAUAUUUAGUUUUUGAUAUUCAUGUAAUAGAAUGUGCAUUUAUAUCUUUUAUAAGGCAUAGUUCUUUAUGUUUUUUUAACAUAUUUUCCUACUACAUUUUGAAUCUACAUUUUUUUUUUAAAUUAUUGCAUCUAGACAACUUUAAAUGUUAUUUCUUGGCUUGUGCAAAACUAAUACCUGCCAUUUAUACUAAAUAUUUUUGUCUGAAACUAAUAAGCACAUUGAUGUAAGUUUAAAAUUAAGUAAAUUUGUUUGUAAAAAAAAAUUACUGAAAAGAUAAACUAUUUCAGUCAUUAAACUAUUAAGAAUUUGAGACUAUUCAUUGUUUCUAUUUUCCAACAUUUUACAUAUUUAUCUUGUUGUAAAUAUGGUUACUUCAUCAGAACUUAUUUUGUUUUUAAUAAAUGAAAACCUGAAUUUUUUGUAGGUAGAAAUAUUUGAAUUAGUAUAUUUUUUAAUCUCAAAAAUUUAGUUACCAAAGUAGAAAGGCUAUGUGUGUGUAAUAAAACUAUAUUUUAUAUAGACAUAAUGGAUUAUGUAAUUUUAUACUUUUGCUGUUUAAAUGCUAUUCAAUAAUUGUUUGUUUUGUUUUGUUUUCAUAGUAAUUAAGUCUUAAUUGUUCCCUUUCUUACUAAACAUUUAGAAAAUCAUCUCAAUUUUAGAAAGGUGAAUGAUUUUUCAAAGAUGUUUUCCCUGGCCAUAGGAAACCACUGUGUAAUCAAACUGCUUAUUUAGACUAAGUGGAAUGAAUAUGAGUACUGGAUUCCUCUGCUGAAUGUUAUUGCUACGUAAAGAAGGAUUCUAAAAGUGUUAACUCUUUUUUUUUCUUUUUUUUUUUUUUACUAUUCAGAAAUCUUUAGUUAGACAUGACUAGUGCUGCUUCAGAAUUUAAAUUAUCUGAAAUGUUUAAAGUAAUACAGGUGUUGGGUGUGUCUAAGUAGCAAUCCUAUGGCUUAAGUAUUCCUACCAGUGUGGUUAUUGCAAUCAAAAAUCUAUUUUCAGUCCCUGUCUUCCUUCUUGCCUUCUUUUUCCCCCCUUUCCCUCUAAAGGGCUCUUCCAUUGUGAACUAAUGUAUAUGCAACAAAAUUCAUUUAUCUUCUCUCCACUCCUCCAGCUCCAACCCUCACCCCUCACCCCUCACCCCCAUCCCCUGCUACAAAUUUGGAUAGGUAGCUCCCUCUGAUUCUUUGAGUCUAAUAAUAACUAAGAAAGUAAUACAGUAGACCUUAAAGAUGUACAAGAUAAUCUUUAUUUAAAUUUAGAUACUUACAGAAAUAUCUAUAAAAUAUUUCUUUGAAACCCUAUUUAUUCUGAACUAGCACGCCCCUUUUUGGGGGGAAGGGAUUGCUUUUCUCUCUGAGAAAAGCAAUUUGACUAAGUAUAGUUAUCUAACCCAAGCUGGGCUAAUCUUACUUUCUAAUCUUUCCUGACAUUGUGGUUGCAGUAAGUACAGAGAUGUGACUCAAAUCAGCCAGUGUCUUUCCAAGAAUUUUCAAUGUGAAAUUAAGGUAUCACAGAGCUGGGAAAAUACAAGCCCAAGAAAUGCUGGCAACCAUGGUUUAGCAAAGCUCAGAAAAGAAUAAGGCUGACCUGGAUACUGAUAAUGGCAUUCUUGUGGUUCCUGAAAACCAGUGGCAAUGCUACAAUUUUUGUAAUUUGAUUGCAUGAAGCAAUUGUCAUUUGCAAAAAAAAUUUCAAAAUGAGCUUAACUGGUAUUGGAAUCCAUCUCUUAUGAAAUUGACUUAGAUGAUUUCAUCUUUUUAUGUGCAAUAUCACAUUCAGUUACUUGGAAAGAAUACAUGGAGUAUAGGUGAGCCUGUGGCUAUUGAUUGCUCUCAGUGAUUACUGAAGAGUCUUGGAGUAAACAAACUAGUUCUAGUCUUGGUAUUUCAUCAGGAAUUUAUUUGUGAUACAAAAUUCAAUUAUAUUUUGUUUAUUAUCAAAAUAUUACUAGGUAUUACAAGAUGUGAAUCUAGUAUAAGACAAUGAGUUUCAAAUAAGACACUGUUACAUAAUAACUAGUGUUUCCCAGUUUCCUUAUAUGUAAACAUUAGAAAAAGCAACACCCCCCCACCCCCCACCUCCCCACCACCACCACAUUACACACACAAACAAGGAAGACUGGGAAUAGAAAAGGUAAGACAAUCAAUGAAGAAAAGUAUCCAAAAGAAUAUAUAUAUAUGUAGUAUCCAUCUCAAAAGUGGGUUCAUUGAUAAGACUUCUCGUAAAUCAGAUUUUUAAAAGAAUAUAUAUUUUUUUAGUUGUAAGAUGGACACAGUACCUCUAUUGAUUUAUUUAUGUGGUGCUUCACACAUGGUAGGCAAGAGCUCUAUCGCUGAGCACAACCCUACCCCCACUCCCACACCCCCACCCUAGUAAAUCAGAUUUAAAAGAUUUUUUUAUUUUCCCAUUUCUGUUCAUUUUUUGAUUAUAUUAUUUAGGGUCCUAUAUUUCAAACUAUUUAAGGAAAAGAUAAAUUUGUUUGAAAGAUAUAUUGAUCAAAUGUAUUGCUAUUUGCUGUCAGAUUUGGUGGGCAGGAACCAAGAAAGUGUCAGAGUCAAGGAGGAGAAAGUGAAGAUGUAACCAUGAUGGAUGUCAGGAGUGUCUCAGGACAGAAGCUAUGUGUAUACCUGUAAGUCCUGAGUAAAAGGGUAUUGAACAGUUAUGCACCCCACAAUAGAUUGGGCUUUACCUCUGCUCAAAUAAGGAAGAUGUGACUCCAGGAGUGGGCGUCACCUGAUGGGGUUGAAUUACACCCACCUGUUCCUUUGUAAUCCUACCCCUUUUCCCUUUUUGGGAUAGAAUGUUCCAUGGAACCUCCCUUUGUGAGUCUUCUAUAUAAGAAUAAAGAAUUCCAGUGGCUCUCUCUUUUUCCAUGGACCCCUAAGGUCACAGAACCAUCCCCAGAUUUUGAAAAGGUACUUGGUAUUUCUGUGUGUUUGCAUGCUUUCUUUGCUGUUUCUUAAGUAAUUGGAAUAGAUUGUUGUGAACCCAGCAUAGGUUGCUUGCUUAAAUGGAUCAAGAUAGAUGGGUUCGCUUCCUUGGUGUGUACAAAGUUAGCAACAACCAGGAGGUAGAAGUGAAGAAAGGUGUUAUUGUUUGUAGCAAGUAAGGGGAACAUGGGACAACUCUCAAAGCAGCGUGUCCUGGAACAAAGGAAACAAGGGACUUUUGCAUAUUCAUACUGGAAAAACUUGUCAUUGCAUGCAGAGGCAGACACAUUCUUGGGCAUGUUCAGUCUGAGAUCAUGCUUUAUACAGUGUUCCAUGCACUUUUUCUUGUCUGAAGAAAGGGUCUUGUCUGAAACUAAUAACUUAAAAGGAUGUUAGCAUCAGCAGUAGCUUUCUUUAUAAGCAGAUGCUUAAUGCUGUAAGUUCCUGCCUGGCAACUAACAAAGGACUGAUAGUGGGAAUAGCCUGGUCAGAAUGAUGAGUCUUUUCUGCCCUUUCUUCUUGGGCUUUGGAAGAUAGGUUCAAGGUUCAUAGUCAUCAGAGAGAGUUACCAGUUUACCAAAAUUAGGUCUCAUGCCUCAUGUCUCUCAAUUAUCUUUUGUAAUUGAAGGCAGCAUCCAAAAUUCUUUUGGAAUGGGUGACUCAUUAUUAAGCAACUGAAAAAACAACAACAGAAUUUUGCUAUGCUUUACUCUUGGCUGGUCAGUGUCCAUACAUAACUUUCCUUUCAUACUCAAAGUUAGAAAAGUGCUCAUGUGUAAAUGCAGCCAUUGCAUGCCUACAUCUAAUACCUAGACCAAGAUCUUCAAAUUAUGUCCAUUCUUCUACUUUUGCUAUGUUCUUUGAUAGUUUGCAAAUUAUGUUAUCAUUUUAAUACUAAAGGAUAGAAAAGAGAUGAGAAAUUUACAUGUUACAUAUGACAGAGCAAGAAAAUAAAAAUGCUGUCCUAUUUAAGCACUGGAAGGUCAUGAGACCUUCCCUUUUAUUUAUUUUAUUAACUAGUUUUCUUCCUUAACCUAGUGACCUGACACAUCUAAGCUCUUGUUGGUUCAUUUUUGCCACUGUGUAUGGUAGUAUAAGGACAUUCCUCAGUGUCCUCAGUUUUUCCUCUAUAUUCCUCCUUGUUCUCAUUGAGUAGCAGUUACUGUAUUAUAAGGUUAAGACACCAAAUUUACCUGAAGGUUUUUUUUUUUUGCUUGAUUAUCCAUUGGAUAAAGAAUAUAAAAUUACCAUGUGGCAGUUUGAAUUCUUUUGAACUCCUUUCUCCAAUACUAAAAUCUUUAAAGCUUCACAGUCCAGAGUCAGAGAAAAAGCAAAAGGUUUAUGAGUGGGUCAUAUGUAACAGAGGCAUUAGCCAAAUGCCAACCUCUUGGUUCUUGGAUCUAUGGUUUAUAACCCAUGGGACAAAGAGCAUGAAAUAGAAGUUGCUGGAUAAAAACUUAUGCUGCAGCAAGAAUAGACCCCUAACUUUAAAUCUUUCAACUAGCUUUAGAACUAAGUUUUUAGUACAUUAUUUUUGUGUUUAAAAACAGCAGCUGAAAAUAAGAGAUGUCAAAAAAAAAAUCUUACCUCUUGUAGUAAGUUCAUUGACCAAGCAUGUUGUGGAAAUCCAUGAUUAUGUAUAAAUUAUUAAGUAAAUCCAUAAAUAGUGGUGCUGCCAGAGAUGGAAGUAAAUCUAAGACUAGUAAGGACAAAGGUCGUGUAGUGCUACUCCUUCAAAUGCUAUUAAUUGAGUAUCCAGCAGCUGACUGAUUGCCCAAAGAUCAUGUUAUCAAGCCUUAUUAUUUUAUUAUGAUGUCUUUUUUAGACUUUAUUAUGUACAUAUACCUAGACUGAACUUUACACUUACCAGGUACUUUGUAAUUAUUUUACCAGGUACUUUGUAAUUAUUUAUAGCACUUAUUGAACAUCUAAUCUAUACCUAGAAUUGCAAAUUCUUUUAGGGAAAUUUUUUUGGAAAAAUGGCUUUAUGUCUUGUGAAUCUAAUUAAUAUGUAAGUAUAUAACAAUAAAGCUUACUGUAAACACCUAAGUAGAUAUUUUCCACACUAGUACAAAUAUCUGUUUAUACAAUACUGAAAAAUUUUUAAAACUCUAAAAAGCUAAAUGGAAUAUUUAAGCUGGGCAUGGUGGUAUAUGCCUAUGGCUCUGGAGGGUCACAAGUUCAAGUCCAGCCUGGACAACUUAUACCCUGUCUCGAAAAAAAUUUUUUUAAAGAAUAUGUAAUAAAUGUGAUGUUUAAAACAUUUUUAUGUCCUUUUAAUCUAAUGCUACUGGACUGAGCAGAUAACUGGUGUGACUAAGGGACAUAUAAUUUAUUCAUAUUUUCAUAAAUUAAUGUCAGAACAAGCUUCCAUAGUAUUUUGAAUUAUUUACUCCCUAGUAUUGUGCAAAAUAAUGAGUCAUUUUUCUGUACAGAAGUGUCUAACAAUAUGAAAAGUUUCAUCAAAAUCAAUGCUUUUAUUUCAGCUGAAAAACUUGUUUCAGAGAUAUAAUUAAUCUAUGGGAAUAAAAGCUCUGGAGAGUAA